GACAGACUGCCACAUAUAACUGUGGCUCAAUCGCGGCGGUGAAACAUCGAUAUGCCCACUUCCUGAAAGCAACUUGAGACUUCCCUAAAGACAUUCAUACAUCCUCCCAACCUGAUCAAUUCACAAGCAAAACACAAAAUGUCCUCGUUAGCCCCAAGAUACAGAAAGUCGCACACAUUCCCAGGCAACGCUGCUUCCGAUGAAGCCCAUGUGGUGCACAUCUUUCUCGACUACAAUUGUCCCUUCAGCACCAAGCUCUUCUUGAACUACCAAGAUACGGUGAUUCCAGAAGUACAGACAAAGUUCCCAAACAAGUUUGAGUUUGUGUUUGUCAACGUGGUGCAGCCAUGGCACCCUAACUCCCAGUUGGCCCACGAAGCCUCAUUGGCCGUGGCCAACCUUGCUCCAGAAAAGUUCUGGGCCUACUCCAGGGCAUUAUUUGAAGCACAGGAAAGCUUCUUCGACACUGCCACCUUGAAUGAAACCAGAAACGAGACCUACAAAAGGCUCGCGGAUAUUGGCACCCAAGUUGGAGUGGAUGCCGAUGCAAUUUACCAGAGAGUCCUGAUUGCUCCAGUGGCGCAGGGAGCAAAGCAGAGCAACGCUGGGAACUCGGUGACUCCGGAAAUCAAGUACUUCACCAGACUCACUAGGGGUUUAGGGAUUCAUGUGACCCCAACCGUCAGCAUUGAUGGCAACGUCAACGCCAAAAUUGAGAGUUCCACUCCUAAUGGGGACUUCUACAAGAUUCUUCAGAGCUAUUUGUAAGCAAUGAACAGCCGGUGCUAGCUUUAUGGCUGAUCCUCGGUUUAUAUAUCUCAAAUAAUCAUAUGUUUAGUAUCAUACGAAU